CCAAGACUCACCAAGGCUCACCCACCAACCGCCCAAAAUGGCCCCCUCCCCCUGCGCCAUCUGCCACACCCAGCGGGCGGUGAUUAUCCGCCCGAAGGACCGCUCCAAGCUGUGCCGUGUCUGCUUCAUCCAGAUCUUCGAGACCGAAGUCCACGAAACUAUCACCACGACCUCGCUCUUCCACCGGGGCGAACGAAUCGCCAUCGGCGCCAGCGGCGGCAAAGACAGCACAGUACUUGCCUCCGUCCUGAAGACCCUCAACGAACGCUACGACUACGGGCUCGACCUCUGCCUCCUCUCCAUCGACGAAGGCAUCAAAGGCUACCGCGACGACAGCCUCGAGACCGUGAAGCGCAACGCCCAGCAAUACCGCAUGCCGCUGGAGAUCGUCAGCUACGGCGAGCUAUACGGAUGGACAAUGGACCAGGUCGUCGCGCAGGUCGGCAAGAAGGGCAACUGCACGUACUGCGGCGUGUUUCGGCGCCAGGCGCUGGACCGCGGCGCCGCCCGCCUGGGCAUCAAGCACGUCGUGACCGGGCACAACGCCGACGAUGUGGCCGAGACGGUGAUGAUGAAUCUGCUCCGGGGGGAUCUGCCGCGUCUCGCCCGCGGGACCAGCAUCGUGACGGGCUCGGCCGCGUCGGACGUCAAGAGGAGUAAGCCGUUGAAGUACGCGUACGAGAAGGAGAUCGUGCUGUAUGCGCACCACAAGCAGUUGGAUUACUUUAGCACAGAGUGCAUUUAUUCCCCCGAGGCGUUCCGGGGCAGUGCGCGGACGUUGAUUAAGGAUUUGGAGAAGAUCAGGCCCAGUUCCAUCUUGGAUAUUGUGCGCAGUGGUGAGGAUAUGGCGAGAUUGGUGCCUGCGGAGGUGAGGGGGAAGGGCGGCGAUGAGGACGGGGAGGGCGAGGGGGCGGCGGGUGGCUGUGGCAGUCAGAAUGGGCGGACGAGGGGCGGGGAGAUGGCGGAGAUGGAGAGGAAGUUGGCGGAGGAUGAGGCCGCUCAGGACCGGGAGACGGAGAUCACGUUGCCUGUUUCUUCGGGGAGGAAGAAGCAGAGGCAGACGCAGAAGCCCGGCUCCAAGGUCAAAUCCCAGGUCCUGGGCACGUGUGAGCGCUGCGGAUAUAUCUCCAGUCAGCGGGUGUGCAAGGCCUGCACGCUGCUGGAGGGGCUGAAUAAGAGUCGCCCGAAGACGGCGAUCGAGAUGGAGGUGGAGCUGGAGGAUGAGGAGAUUCCGUCGACGUUGAUGAGGCAUAUGGAGAAGGUCGAGCUGGGGGGGUGAUUGCGGACAGCCUGGAUGUCUAGCAGACGCAGACAGAUGCAGAUAAACCGAGACGCAGGCCGAGAGAAGACAGAAGACGGACAGCAUCGUCACUCCAUCCCAGGGCCAGCUAGACUGGUCCUGUCCGUCCACUUCCGUGCCACGACAGAUCCUACCCAGCUAUACCCACAUCCUCGCUCUACACCUAUAGCUUACACACACACACACACACACCUAUUUCUAGACACAAUUCUCUAGACAAUCUAAACAUCGCACAAUGAAC